AUGGACGAGCUGCCUAUCGGGACAAAAAUUGAACACUGGUUGAACUCUGUGAAGCCAGAGAGCUAUGACCCAGAGAUGGGUAACACCAAGGGACCUCCUACAGAGAGCGACCCCAAGACAGAUGCACAUCACCUGGGUAUCAAGGCAGAGGCUGCCCCCCUGUACUUCCAAGAUGGAAGGAGACGCCUGCGGUCGGCUACCAGCCAGCCGUUCAAUCUGACUGCAUUCCGGUCCGACCCAGAACGGCGGCCUCGCAACCAGAAGGUCCGCCGGUUUCCGUGCCCAGAUUGUGGACGGAAGUUCUUCUCCAAAACCACGCUGGAGUUCCACUCCCGGAUCCACACACAGUACUGGCCGUACUCCUGCGAGGUGUGCCAUAAAACCUUCUCCCGGAAAGCCUGCUUGGACGACCAAUCCACGAUGCGGAACGUCCUUUCAUCUGCCCGCAGUGCGGCAGGACCUUCACAUUCAAAUCCAACCUGA